ACUUACGCGCUUAAAAUCAUGGCCGACGAAGAAUUUAACGUCCUUAGAGAUUUGCAAACGCACCUUCGCACGGCCCAAGUUCCUUUCGAACAACUCUCCACUCUCGCAAAACAAGGUGAUGAUAAGCAUUGGGCUUUGGAUAAACAAGAUUUCCAGCUUGUUGAGCGAUUCCUCACUGAAAACAUCAGUGUGGAGGGCAAUGGGCCAGAGGUCAUGCAGAGUCAGCUAUAUAUAGCUUGUUUCUGGGGAAUUAAAGAUAUAGUGAUGGCCUUACUUGCCAAAGGUUGUGACCCAAACAGUCAGAACAAAGGUACUCUGUGGACCCCUCUACAUGCAGCCAGCUUCCAGGAACACGGACCGAUUGUGAUGGUAUUGCUUGAAAGUGGUGCUCAGCCCGAACUGCCAGACUCUGAGGGAAGGACCCCUAAAGAUUUUGCCUCGGCCUCAGACAAGAUCUGGCCUCACUUUGCCAUGCUGGGAUUGUCACGGAGCAGAAAGUCUGAACUCAUUGAGAAAGGUGUCAUAAAAAAGGUUACUGCCGACGCAGGUUCAAAAAAUCGACAAGCAUAUACAGCACCGGGUCAGGGAAUCAGAAUGGCAGCAGAUAGUCGACCCGAGUCCGCCUAUGCCUACAACAGUGACCCGUUCAUACAUGCGGCAGUGACCGGUGAUGUGCUGGCUGACCAAGAAGAUAGCCAGUCACAGCAAAAGAUGUCCAAGCCCCAGUUCACUCUUUGGCGGUGACAGGGCCUGGCACACUGUCUUUUAAUAUUCUGUUAUCUGAAUGUUUCCUCAAGUGUUGGGAGAAUUACAUCUCAGCUACAGAUCAAAGAUCUGAAGUUAUAGACAAUGUGCAAUGAUCAAUGAUGAGAAGGCAACUUCCGAGUUGAUUUUGGAGACAGCAUUAGUGUAGGGUUCAUCUUCACCAUGACCCUGCUUUUAUAUCCUGUCCUCAAUCCGUCCAGUCUCCACAGCCAACCUUCUCCCCAGCCAACCUUCUCCCCAGAAUGCCUAUUGCCUGUAAUUCUUUUAUAAACUUCAUUAUAAAAUAUAUCAUGAAUAAAGGAAUGUGCUGUUGUAGCCCUACUCAUUUACCCAAACCCCCGGAACCAUAUUCAAGAAAUAAUUCUUAUUUUUUUAUUAAGAUUCUGCUCAAGAUCAGUUUCCUGUUAUGGUGAUAAAUUAAUAAAAAAAAACCACAUUUUGACGAUGAUUUUUAAGCAGGAAGGCUUCCCCCACUUAAAGUUGAAUUCUUUUUUUUCUGUUUACGGUGUCAUGAUGCGGUGACUUGAGUAAAUAUAAUACCUUUAGAUUUAAAUAUUACACCUGAUUUACAAGUAAAUAUUACAACUGAUAUACUGUUAAACAUUAAACCUGAUUAACAGGUUAAUAUCACACCUGAUUAACAUGUUAACAUUACGCCUGAUUUACUGGUUGAUAUUACACCUGAUUUACUGGUAAAUAUUACGCCUGAUUUACUGGUUGAUAUUACACCUGAUUUACAAGUAAAUAUUACAACUGAUUUACUGUUAAACAUUAAACCUGAUUAACAGGUUAAUAUCACACCUGAUUAACAUGUUAACAUUACACCUGAUUUACUGGUUGAUAUUACACCUGAUUUACUGGUAAAUAUUACACCUGAUUUUCUGGUAAAUACUACACCUGAUUUACUGGUAAAUAUUACCCCUGAUUUACUGGUAAAUAUUACACCUGAUUUACUGGUUGAUAUUACACCUUAUUUACUGGUAAAUAUUACACCUGAUUUCCUGGUAAAUAUUACGCCUGAUUUACUGGUACAUACUACAGCUGAUUUACUGGUAAAUAUUACGCCUGAUUUACUGGUAAAUAUUACACCUGAUCAACAGGUAAAUAUUAUAUCUGACUUACAGGUUAAUAUUACACCUGAUUUAAGGGUAAACAUUACACCCUACUAACAGGUAAAUAUUACACCCUACUAACAGGUAAAUAUUACACCCUACUAACAGGUAAAUAUUAUACUUGUUUUACAAUUAAACAUAACACCCUACUAACAGGUAAAUAUUAUACCUGAUUUACAGGUUAAUAUUACACCUGAUUUACAGGUAAAUAUAACACCUGAUUUACACAUGAAUAUUACAUUUGUUGACAGUAAAGUAUAACACCUAAUGUACUGGUAAAUAUCACACCUGAUUUACAGACAAGUAUUACACCUGAUUUACAGGCAAGCAUUACACCUGAUUUACAGGCAAACAUUACACCUGAUUUACAGGCAAACAUUACACCUGAUUUACAAGCAAAUAUUCGGGUAAUUGAUAAUAGAUGACAGACUAUAUUUCAACAAUAGAGAAGAAUAUGUUUGAAAUAUUGUGGAGAACAUCCCUUUGGUAUCAAAUUACCAUCAUACUGACUUCUAUUAGAACUACAUGUAACUGAUGUCAAUUUUAGCAUAUUCAACACUUUGAUACUAUAGCUGUAUGAUCUCUUAACUUAGGGGCCAUUUUCUAGGUUGCUUAAUUUAUUUUUGAACUUGAUAUUUUUGUAAUUUUUGUAAAUGUUAAGAAGUACAUGUAAGAUUGUGAUUACUGCGUGUUCUAUUUGUUCUAGUGAUGUCUGUGUCAUGUCUGUUGUUGAAUGGUAUUUUUCAUUUUGUUGUUGUGUUCAGUCUAGUACAAUGUACCUGUCCUCUUUUGCUUCGUGCGUGCGAUGAGAUUUUAUCAAAUAACUGCCAUGUUUUCAUUCUUUAUAGUAUGUGUAUUGCCAUUGUUUUAGAUUGUUUACUUGCACUGUGCUUAUUUCAUGUUAUGUACAAUAUGGUGAGAUCCCCACAUAUCAGCGUUUUGUUACUGAUAUCAGAAUAUUGUAACCACAAAGCUCACAUGUAGAAAUAUUCAAAACAGCAGAUGAUUAGGAAAGACAAAAAAUAUGAUACAAUAUUUAAUAGAAUUAACAAAACAAAAUCAAAUCUUAUUUGAUGUCUAACAGGCAAUACUAUAUACUUAUUGUUGGAAUAACCUCUAUAACAGUUUGAGUAUUACAUGUAUAAAACCUGUUCUGUGGUGUAUAGAAGGCUAAAUUCGGUUUUAUUUUAAUGGUAAAUGGACAACAGAUUCAUGUAUACCCUGUUUAGGCAACAACCAGAAUACCUCAAAUUUGAAAUAAAUGUCAACUUUGUCUUACGAGAAAGUAUAGAUUUGGUUUAUUUCAGAAGUCGAUCAUUAAUCGUUAUUAAAUUAAAUUUCAAUAUUUACUACCUUUACACAUAUUACUUGGAUUUAAAGAUAUGGUAUUGAAAUGCCUGAGUAUCUUUACCAUUUCUCCUUAAAGAAACUUAGACAAACAUGCAGCUAUGUUCAUGUGAUCUUUUAAGAUGAAAACGUUUUAAAGUUUACUUUUAAUUUGAAAAAGUAGUUUGAUUUUCUAUCCAGUGUGUAUUUGUACACACUCUCGGGUAAAACUGAUCCAGCACUUAUGAGAAAAUGAUGCGGGGCAGGUAGUACCAUGGGCUUUACAGCGUUAUGUAGGGGCAAGGUAAAACUGACCACCGGAAGUAUGUGUAAGAUGUCAAAACUGACCACCGGAAGUAUGUGUAAGUUGUUAUAACUGACUACUGGAAGUAUUUGUAAGAAGUUCGAACUGACCACCGAAAAUAUGUGUAAGAAGUUAAAAAUGACCACCGGAAGUACAUUUUGUGUAAGCAGAUUGUGUAAGAAGUUAAGAAUGACCACAGAAUUGUGUGAAGGGGAAAGUUAAUAUUUUGUUAGCAUACCUGUAGUCGCACAAACUCAUUUGUCCAGCCUUCUGUGUAAGAGUUAUUUCCCUUGUAACAUAGUGGUCUAAAUGUACCUAGUGUAACGUGCGUGCGGUCGCCAAUCUACUGACCGCGCUCGACGUUGCUGAACUAGUGAGAGGGUCCCCCGGUUUUACCGCAUCACUGGAAAAGCUAGUUUGCCAGUAAGGCAGUAUUAUCCCCUCUAUGAUGACACAGCCCUGAGUCAGUAGUUCGUUAAUGCGACACGACAGCAAGUCCAUUCUUAAUUAUCGGUGGUUCCGAGUAAUUUUAUUUUUCGUCUGUGCUGACAAACUGAAAUAACCGACUGUAUCCUUUAUAUUUUUAAGUCGGUUACUUUGGUCUAGCCCGGGAAUCACUAUUGUGUUGUCUGUUGUGACGACACGCCCCUGAAUCGGUACUGUGUUGUCUGUUGUGACGACACGCCCCUGAAUCAUGAUGACAUUUCCCUUUGCCAGUACUUUGUUGUCUGUGAUGAACUGUGCUAAAUGUAUGUGAAUAUCAUACACUUAGUGAUGUUACUGAAACAUUUAAAAAAAAUAAAAUGUUGAUAUUGAAAACGA